AUGACUAGCCAAGAAAAACAGUCCUUGGAUGAGAAGGCCACUUCCAUCAAGGAUCUUGCCAAGCUCAUCAAUGAACCUCAAUCACUGCCCUUGAAUCUUGAGCACUUGAAGGCUGCUGGAGGUGUCACUGGUCUUUUGAAGCUCUUGGGCACUAACGCGGAUUCCGGUGUGGAGGAAGAGACUGUGGAAGAACGCCGUGCUCUAUUUGGCUGCAACACACUGCCAUCAACUCCUAGAAAGUCGUUCUGGCAACUGUUUGUAGAUACUUUUGAUGAUGCAACUCUGCAAAUUCUGAUUGUGGCCGCCAUUGUUUCCUUAAUUAUUGGAAUUUACGACAACCCAUCAACGGGUUAUGUUGAGGGUUGCGCCAUUUUGGCGGCCUGUCUCAUUGUUUCAGUCGUUACCGCGUUGAACGACUAUCAAAAGGAGACACAAUUUAGAGAGCUUAGUGCUGUGAAUGACGAAGUGGAUGUUAAGGUGUUUCGUGCAGGAAAAUUCACAACUAUUCCUGUGGGGGACAUUGUUGUUGGGGACAUUGUUUCUCUUGACGCUGGAGAUGACAUUCCUUGUGACGGUGUCGUUGUUGCGUACGAUGGCUUUGAAGUUGAUGAAUCUGCACUUACUGGCGAACCAGAAGAAAUUAGCAAAGAUGCAGAGAAUGAUCCAUUUGUUCUUUCAGGAUGCACGACAGUCGCUGGAACUGCUCGGUUUGUUGCCAUUGCGGUUGGAAAGAAUUCACAGUGGGGUAUUAUUAAGAGCCAUCUUGAAAAGGAACAAGAUGAGACCCCUUUGCAAGAAAAGCUCGAUGAUAUGGCGGCCAUGAUUGGAAAUGUCGGUAUUGGUGCGGCAGCUGCAACCUUUGUCGCCAUGAUGUGCAUCAAGAUUUUCAUCAACCCUGAAUACCUUCAUGAUGUUACUGUUUUUCACCAUGCAUUGGAGGCAUUCAUCAUUGGAGUUACGAUUGUUGUCGUGGCUGUUCCUGAAGGUCUUCCACUUGCCGUCACCAUUUCCUUGGCCUUUUCCACCAAGAAAAUGCUUGCUGAUCAGAAUCUUAUCCGUGUCUUGGCAGCUUGCGAGACCAUGGGAAAUGCUACUAAUAUUUGCUCCGACAAGACUGGAACUUUGACAGAGAACAGAAUGACUGUUGUUGAAGGUAUCUUUGCCAACACAAAGGAUAUCAAUUGUGUCAACCCACUUGCCAUUUCCGUCAAUGCCAUUGAGAUUAUCCUUGAGUGCAUUGCCUGUUGUUCCACUGCGCGUGUUUUGCCUCCUGCACCUGCCCAUUCCAUCAACUCUGAUGAAGUCGUUGACAGUCGUCCAAAAUUGAUUGGAAACAAGACCGAGGCUGCUAUGCUGCUUCUUGCCAAAUCCUCUUGGGGAAACAAUGAUGAUGUUGACCAACGCCGUGAAAGCGCCAACUUUGGAAAGGAUGGUGGAUCUAGAUUGUUCCCAUUCUCUAGUAAGCGCAAGAGAAUGACAGUCUUGGUGAACAAGAACAACAGCUGGACAUUGUAUCACAAGGGUGCUGCUGAAAUCGUCAUGGAAAACUGUACUACAUACAUGGAUGUUGAUGGCUCUGAAAAGCAAAUGACUGAAGAAAAAAGAGAAUUUUUCAAGAGAGUUAUUGCCGAGUAUGCCAGCAAAGCAUUGCGUUGCGUUGCUCUCUGUCACCGCAAAAAGAUUGAGACCGUAGUCAAGACUGACUUUUCCAAAAUUAGCUUGGCCGAAACCGAAGAGAAGCUCGAGAAGAAGAUGUGUCUCAACUCUCUUGUCGGUAUUGCAGAUCCUCUACGAGAAGAUGUUAUUGGUGCUGUUGCAACCUGUCAAAGAGCUGGUAUUUUCGUUCGUAUGGUCACUGGUGAUAAUAUUGAAACUGCUCGUGCCAUUGCCAAGCAGGCUGGUAUCUUGACUGAAGAUGGUUUGUCAAUGACUGGAGAUGAAUUCAGAAAGCUCACUCCUGCUCAAUUGGACGAGAUUCUUCCAAGACUACAAGUUCUUGCCAGAUCAAGUCCCGAGGACAAACACAUCCUAGUGCAACGUCUCAAUGGAGGGCUCAUGCCCGCAACCAAAGAAGAAUGGGACGAAGUCCAUCCUGGAAGAGACUACGAAACAGAGAGAGACCUUCUUUUGCCGGGAUACAAGCAGGAGUGGGAUGAAAGCCGUGAUGGUGUUGGAGAAGUUGUUGGCGUCACUGGAGAUGGUACAAAUGAUGGUCCAGCUCUAAAGGCUGCCGAUGUUGGUCUUUCCAUGGGUCUAUCUGGGACUGAUGUCGCGAAGAAGGCUUCUGAUAUCAUUAUCAUGGAUGAUCGUUUCUCGUCAAUUGUCAAGGCAGUGCUUUGGGGUCGCUCUGUCUUUGACAAUAUUCGCAAAUUCCUUCAAUUUCAACUUACUGUCAAUGUCGUUGCUUUGACAAUCACAUUUCUUUCUGCCCUCAUCGGCUACAACCCCCCUUUGAAUGCUGUUAUGAUGCUUUGGGUGAACCUCAUCAUGGACACGAUGGGAGCACUAGCCCUUGGUACCGAGCCACCUCAAUUGGAGCUUCUUGAAAGACAUCCAUACCGAAGAAAUGCAAGUUUGAUCAGUCGCCCAAUGUGGAGAAACAUUUUGGUCCAAGCCACGUACCAGCUGUCGCUCCUUGUUUAUUUGCUGAACAAGGGUCCUGAACUUUAUGAUUGUGAAGAUGGUUCAACGCGACACUUCACCAUUCUUUUCAAUGCAUUUGUCUUCUGCCAAGUUUUCAACGAAUUCAAUGCCAGAGAGAUUGGAGAUAUAUUUGAUCCCUUCCAUGCUCUUGACAAAUCGCCAAUGUUCUUGUUCGUGAUUGGAUUCACUUGUUAUGCUCAAUGGCUCAUUGUCGAAUAUGGCGGAGACUUUACACAAACAGCUCCUUUGUCCAUGUCUGAAUGGCAAUGGACUGUGGGAUAUGGAGCCUUGUCUAUCCCAAUGGGUUACUUCAUGCGUUUAAUACCCGUCAGCGAAGAUCCUGAUUCGUUUGCAGGAUUGCCGGAAAAGGGUGAAGUGAAGAAGGACAAUUCUCAUUUGAGGGCAACCUUCUUUGCAUUUUUGCCCAUUAUUGCUGCACUUGUGUAUCAGCUUUCCUACGAAGUCGAGGAACUAAGAGAGCAUUAA